GACAUAAUCAGGAGCUUUUCUGGCAAAUCCAGGCAUGGGAGGGUGGAAUGAAAGGAGCUUCCUCUUUACAUCUCUUCCCCUCUGAUUUAUAACGUUCAUAUUCACGGGCAUUUCGGCCACAUUGUUUCUUAAUAAAACCGUUUCAUCAGUGAAGAUCUCAGCUACUUCCACUUUCUCUCUGCUUUAUCUCAACGAUGGUUGUUGAUUCGUCCUGCCAGGGAGAAACUAAGAUUCGGGAAUUUCUGGAUGGGAAUGGAAGCCUACCUGUCAGUUGUUCGUGUUUGAAGUUACUUAAGUCAAGUUCUGGUGAAGUUAACCAACAGUUUCCUUUAGAGUUUCCAUCAAUACUUUUUGAAGAGGCUUCACUCCCACGAGAUUUACACCAACCCUUGCACAGUUCACUUGAUCAAGAUUUGUAUAGCAUUUCAGUAUUGCCUGAGGAAGGUGACAAGGCAGAUUGUGCUUCACCACUGGCUUUCUUCAGCAUCUUAGAAGUUCCUGAUCAAUCUGAAAGUCUGAUGAGUUUAGAUGCUCACGUAAAUUGCCACAGUUGCAUUGAUUUCCAAAUGAAGAGCGAAGAGGUGUGUUCUUCAUGCCCGGUUGACAUACCUAUUGUGAAUGGAAAUUCAAUUUCGCCUGAAUCUUAUGAAGAGGGGGUUGAAAGUUUUAAAGCCAAGAAUCUUCUAUCUACGGUAUUGUGGAGACAAGCUAGUCUAAAAAUAGGUGGAAAACUCACGCAAAUUCUGACGAACCUCACCACUUCAAGGGCUGCAUCAGUCACAGACAAGGCAUAUGAUUUACCGAGCAUAAGAUGGAGAAGAUAUAAGCGUUCUGCCUCAUUUGAUUCCCGAAAAGUUGCUCUUCUGUUUUCAAUAUUGUCCAGUGUGGGCAGUUUGGUGUUGAUAUAUCUAACGUUGAAAGUCAGGCAGAGGGGUGAUGGUUUUGUUCUUAUUUGAUGGUCCAAUCUCCGCUGCAUACUAGUCACGUGUAGGCAUCCUUUUCAUUGUUGUUUAGUUCGAACUUGUCCCUUGAUGUGUAAAAUAUGGCUCUUUAUUUAGUUGAUUGGUAAUAUGUGGAAAAUCUUUGUUGGCAUUUAAAUAUGUGAUUGAUUUUUGCAUUC